UCCCCGAGGAACCCGACCAGAGCAGCUCAGGUUUGGUGGCUGUCCCCAAGGUGAUGUGAGGACUCUGAACUUUCUGCUGAAGGAGGUGUCCACUGGCUGGCAGACCAUGGCCUCAAGGCGAGCUCACCCUGCACUGGGGUCCCGUGGACCCCGUUCUCGUGGCAGCCUCCUGCUCCUGCAUGUCAGCCUCGGACUCCUGCUGCUGCACGGGGCACAGACAGAAGACCGGAGAAUGGGCACCGUGGUCCAGAGGCAGCCUCGCACCCUCAGGGGCUCUGAACGGAGCUGUGUCCGGAGCCAGCCAGCAGAGAAAGCCUGUCCACCGGGGCAGAAGCCCCAGAGAGUGGACGAGAACCUGGUUCUGUACCAAGACUGGGAGCUGGAUGCCUGUGUGGAUGCGGCACUACUGGAGGCCAACAUGAGUAGGGUGGACGAGGUGCCCUUCACCUACCAGCAGCUGAGGAUCUUCAAAUGCAAACUGGACCAGAGCUACCCAGGGGGCUACCCUGAGUCCCUCGUCCACCGCAUGGGGUACUUCUUCCUGGAGAUGACUCCUGAGGACAUUUACAAGUGGAAUGUGACAGCUCUGGAGACAGUGAAAUCUCUACUUAAAAUCAGCAAAGGGAGGGAAAUGCAUGCUCAGGUCACAGCCCUGAUCAAACGCUAUGUGGCGGGAAGGGGCCAGCUGGACCUGGACACAGUGGGCAUGCUGAGGGCCUUCAUUCCCACCUAUGUGUGCUCACUCAGCCCUGAGCUGUUGGGCCACGUGCAGGAGAGCGUGAUUCGGGAAAUCAGGGCCCAGCACCUGGAGGGGUGCAGCCCCCAGCAGCUGGACAUCCUCUACGACAAGGCCCACGUGGCUUUCCGGCACUUGCGAGGGACUGACUAUCUCAUCAAGAUCCAGCCCUUCCUGGGUGGGGCCUCUACGGAGGACCUGCGGGAUCUCAUCAGGCAGAACAUAACCAUUGACGUGGCCACAAUGAAGCAGCUCCAACCUGCAGCGGUCAAGCCCCUGACUGUCCCUGAGGUGCAGAAACUUCUGGGCCCAAACCUGCGGGGGCUGAAGGCCGAGAUGUGGAGUAGCCCCGUGCGGGAGUGGAUCGUGUCCACGCCACAGAGCGACCUGGACCAGCUCGGACUGGGGCUCCAGGGGGGCAUCCCCAACGGCUACCUGGACCUCCACCUCCCAGGUGGGCAGGAUGUGAGGGGCAGCGUCUGACCUGCUCCCGAGGCCCAGGGCAGCUCCCGUCUGCUCCUGGCUCUGCUCCUGACCUGAGUCCACCACUCAGACCUUGGCCGGACGUGGGGCGUCGCCCUGCUGUGGAGGCCCCAGCUGAACUAAUAAAGUGGGUGUGGUCACUGCAGCCUGCCUUGGUGCUGUGGGGAUGCCAAGGCGACCCACUCUCCGCUGAGAGCUCUGUGCCCAUCCU